AUGGUCCAGGUUGAGGUCGUUGAGAGCUCCCUCAUCUUUCCGACACAAAAACAGAGAAAGACCACAGUGCCUCUUUCAAUCCUCGAUGCGGUUGUCACUAACUUUGCGCCAACCACCGCCGUCUGGUUCUUCGACGCGCCGAUCCGAAACAGCGUACAUUUGAACUGGCCCUCGACCUUGCAAGAGUCCCUGCGAGUGACUCUGUCUUCUUUCCCCCAUUUCGCCGGUGAAUUGAGCAAGGUCGAGAAUGUUCCUGGUGGUAACCAUACACAGCGUUUUGGGAGACUCCAAGUCACCUUCGGUGCAUCCGCAGAUCCCGGUGUUGACUUCAGCAUCGCUCGCUGUGCCGCUGCCUUGAAUGAAGUGGUUUCUAGUCCUGCGCAGCGCAAAUCCCGCGAUUCUCAACCAUGGAACUUGUCCUGCUCUGCAAAGGCCUUUCUCCCAGAUCUCUCGCGUUCCUUCAGAGUACAAGGGGACCCAAAGCCAAAGUCUCCUGUGUCGAUACGAAUUACAGAGUUCGGUUGUGGCGGUGUCAGCGUCGGUGUUAAAAUAUCCCAUCCGUUGGCCGACGCGCAAACCCUAGCUGUCUUUAUGCAUCGCUGGUCUUACGAACAUACUCUUCUCUUCUGCGACCAGCUCGCAACUAUGUCACAACCCCCAGGUGGUUCCUUUAAUUUAGAGCCGCCAACAUUCGACCCUCAACUUCUGGAUACCCGCGCAGCGGGAGACAUCGACGCUACUUCCCCAGACGAAACACUCCUCACAAAAUCCCGCUCCCUCCCGUCGUCACGAUAUGACUGGUUCUGGCCAGCUCCUGAUGGUGAUCCCGGUCAAAAUCUUCCACAGGGACUCACACGCUCCAUGGUCAAAUCCCCAGGAACACCAAUGCCCACAGCAGACUGGGAUCCCUCAGCGCCAGUCUCCCACACCAAACUUCACAUCUCUGCCGCUCAGAUUAAAAGGAUAUCGGAACUUGCCGGACCUAGUACUAGUCGUCACGAUGCGAUUGUUGCUCACUUUUGGAGCGCAAUCAAUCGUGCUCGCGGCUGGGGCGCUGAUGAACGGGACGUUUCCUUGCACAUCUCCAUUGGACUGAGGAGACGCCUUGGUCUACCAUCUUCAUUCUUAGGAAGCCCGAUUCUCCUUACGUCGGUGUCCAUGGCUGGGAAGGAUGCUUGCCAACUUGCAGUCCGUGACGUUGCAGGCAAGAUCAAUGAGAACUUAUCAUUGUACACGGAGGAAGCGUUGAAAGCGCAGCUCCAUGACCUUUGCUUCGAAUGCGCUCCACAGAGAUUCUGGGCGGCAUAUCUAGGUGCACGGCAUACAAUAUUUACAAGUUGGGCACAUCUCAAUUUGUAUGAGGUUGACUUUGGAGGGGGACGGGGGAACCCAAGACUUGUUGAGCCGUACAUGCCGGUGUACGAUGGGAUACUUUGUUUGAUGGAAGGCAGACCGGAGGGCAAGCGGGAGCAUUGGUGUGAUGACGGCGUGGAUGUUAUGGUGUCUCUUGCCACUGAUGCAGUGGAGAGGUUGAAAGCCGACCUUCAUUUAUAG